UUGAAGUGAUAAGAGGUGGUGCAGGGUUUAGUUAUUUACAUUUGCUCCAAAAUACACAAGCUUUUGGUAGAGUCACUUCACUUGUUUGUAAAAGAAAGGAGGAGAGAGAGAGAAAUGGCAGUGAGGGCCGCCGUACUCCGCCACAUUCGUGUGCCACUCCAGGCCGUUCCAAAACUUCAGCCAUGGCGUGCCAUGUCAUCACACGGCGACGAUCAUAUCACCAAAGAGGAGGUCAUCCAAAGAGUCCUCGCCGUCGUCAAAGAUUUCCCCAAAGUCGAUCCUUCCAAGGUAAAUCCAGAUGUCCAUUUUCAGAAGGAUCUGGGUUUGGAUAGCUUGGACAAUGUGGAAAUUGUAAUGGCUCUUGAAGAGGAGUUCAAGUUAGAGAUCCCAGACAAGGAAGCUGAUAAAAUUGAUUCCUGUAAUCUUGCUAUUGAGUAUAUUGCUAACCAUCCCAUGGCUAGUUAACUAAUAUGUCUCUUCUUUUUUUUGUCCUAUUUCUCUUCUUGUUGAACCCUUGAACCUUCCCCUCGUGUUUCUCAUCUUUUCCUUUUCUCUUUUCAAUUGGAGUCAAGGAACUGCUUGUUUACAAUAAUGGGAAUUGUUCACAGAUCAAAAUUGCUACUGCUUUUCUACUGUAAGCUUUUUUCAGCCAUGCUAAAUCUCUGAUAUUAUUCACUCAGA